AUGGUCGCGCCAUCAAAUCAAUUGCCACCAUCAACAAAAACAACCGUCGGAUCAACAGGCACUGUAGCUAAAUGGGACUCUCGUUAUGCCGGUCAUGUUCCACAUGACGCAUCAUAUUAUUCUAAGUGUUUACUUGGUGGUAUUCUUGCUUGCGGUCUCACCCAUACAGCCAUCUGUCCAUUGGAUGUAACCAAAUGUAAUAUGCAAGUCAGUCCCGAAAAAUACAAAGGUUUAGUUAAAGGUCUCAAGCUGAUUGUUGCCGAAGAAGGAAGUCAAGCUGUAUGGAAAGGAUGGUUACCAACAUUUUUUGGUUACUCUGCACAAGGAGCAUUCAAAUAUGGUCUCUACGAAGUAUUCAAAGAUCAAUAUGCUAAUGCACUUGGCAAGGAAAAUUUCGAAAAAUACAAAGGUCUCGUUUGGUGUGCUGCAUCAGCCUCUGCCGAAGUCUUCGCUGAUAUUGCUUUGUGUCCAAUGGAGAUGGUUAAAGUCAAAGUUCAAACAGCACCAAAAGGAACAUUUCCAACUGCGUUUGGCCCAGCUUGGUCGCAAAUGAGCGCCCAGAGAGCAGAAACGGGCUUUCCAUAUCGAUCACUUGUACCACUCUGGUCACGACAAGUUCCUUACACCGUAGCUAAAUUCUUCUUCUUCGAAAAGGUCGUACAAUUAUUUUAUACUUAUGUGUUCACACAACCAAAAGAUACUUAUUCAAAAACAACACAACUUGGUGUUACUUUCGCUUCUGGUUACACAGCCGGUGUUAUUUGUGCUAUCGUUUCUCAUCCUGCUGAUUCACUCGUAUCACUUCUUGGCAAACCAGCAAACAAAGGCAAGAGCCUAGGACAAAUCAUCAACGAAACUGGAUUUGCUAAACUUGCUACCAAGGGUCUCGGCACUCGUAUCAUCAUGAUUGGUACAUUGACUGGUCUUCAAUGGUGGAUCUAUGAUACCUUCAAGUCAGCUCUUGAAAAAUUAUUGAAGCAUUUUAUUGAUAUAUUGCCACAACAAUAUCAAAUCAUAGCUGAGACAAAUUUAUCUUCAUUUAUAUUGAAAAUGACUGACGAACUAUCUUCUUCUUCUUCUGCUUCAUCUUGUGCCCAAUUGAGUAUAAUCGUUGAUUUAACAACAUCAUCUUUCGAUUUUAAAACGCUAUACAAUCAUUUAUCAUCACAACCACCAACGAACAGUGAUCAUCAUCAUUGGCAUUUCGGCGGCCUACGUUCCUACACAAUCCCAUUUCAAUCGACUCACGAUGAAACAACUAUCAAUUGUGUUAUAUCCAAGUUAAAAUUAUUACAAAAUCACUUAUCUAUAUUACCACCAUUUUGGAUUUGUUAUAAGAAAUGUCAACCACAAGCAGCACAACAGUCGACACACCCACUACCGCCAACAACAACCGAGGUCAUUCGUAAGAAUAUAAAAUUGGCAAAGUUUUAUACAAAUAAUGGAUUCGAUAUGGAAUACACAAGUGGUGCACUAGUUGAAAUAAAUAAGUACAUUUGGGACGUUCAAACACAAAUAAAAGAAACUUGGCGUUUAGUUUUUUAUCAUGAUAAAAUCGAUAUUGAUUACGGUUGUAAAGAGAAAAAACUGCGGAAAACAUUAAAAGCUGAAAUGAUGGAUAGAUGUGCUCUUAUAAUGACGCAAAAGGAUGGUUUUACUCUCUUUAUUAACAUGAGUGGAAAUCCCAUUGACUACGAAGCUGUGAAUUGCGGCAUUUCUCAGAACACAGCCGAUGAUGAAUUAUAUUCUCUCACUCGUAAAUCUAAUGAAUCACCUUCUUCAUAUAUUCGCACUGCACCUCGAGAAUCGCAACCAUUCUAUUCAACUAUUCGUCUUACUAUUUCACUUUCCAAUCAAUUUAAUGAGAAUAAUAUCAUGACACAUCAUAGUGAUGAAUAUAAUUGCGAACAAUUACAACGUUUAAAUUCAUGUUACACCCAAUUCAUUGAAUUCUUCCAUCGAAAUCAUAUAAAUGAUUGCUUUGGAAUUAUUUUAAGUAUCCCAUCCACAGUCGAUCAUACUGUUACAGCAUCAUCGGUGAUGCCUAAGGGUGCAACGUCUUUUAUUAAACAGUAUUGUUGGCAAAUGCUAAUGUCAAUUGGUUAUCGUUUUCAGCAACGGUUAACAACAGAUUUCAUUCACCAACUAAAUCUAAUCGAUGAUGAUGAUGAAUUUUAUCAGACAUCACUACACAUAUGGCGUCGGUCAAGUGAAUAUUAUUUUAUCGAUUUACUUGAUGAAUUACGUCGCUAUCGAGAGAAAUUAGCUGCUUUAACAAAUGUGCCGUCAUCAUCGUCUCCUACUGCUUCAUCCCAUAGUUUUCAACAACAAGGAGUUAAAAAAGAAGAAGGCGAUCAAGAACGUUGGAGUAUUCACACACCACCACGUCAUUACGCGUAUGUACCGUCAGUGACAUUGACGCCAACAACGAUUUGUGUAAACCCAUUUAAAUUGGUCAAGACCAAUCGCGUUUUACGUGAGCCGCAGUUCGGUGGUAAUCUCAUGUUUGCUCUUGUCGAUGUCAAAGAUGAAAAUGGCACGAUGGAUUUGUUUCCACAUGAUUAUCGUUCUCUACGUUGGAAAACUGAAAUGUUACUCGAAUCAGGCUUCGAUUUGGGAAUCAAAGGUCGCACUUAUCGUUAUUUGCAUCAUUCACAAUCUCAAUUGAAAGAUAAACAGUUCUGGUUUUAUCAUCAUAAUGGCGAAACGAAUUUCUCUUUCGAAGAAGCAUUUGCAUGGAUGGGUGACUUUCAAGAAGAAAGAAUUGUGGCUAAACAUGCUGCACGUAUUGCACAAUGUUUCACCAGCGCUGAAGCAACAAUUCAAGUUCCAUCAGAUAAAGUGGAAUAUAUUGAGGAUAUUCACACAGAUGAUCGAAAGUAUAAUUUCACUGAUGGCGUUGGAACGAUGUCAACCAUUAUACGUGAUAAUAUCAAUCCAUAUCGGCAAUUUUCAGCUAUUCAGAUUCGUUAUGGUGGAUGUAAAGGAGUCAUAUCCGUGAAUCCUGACUUAGAUAACUCACCCCAUCAAUUACGUAUUCGUCAAUCGAUGAGAAAGUUCAAAUGUUCGCAUGAUAUUCUGGAAUUAUGCCGUAUUUCAAAACCACGCCCGUUGUAUUUGAAUCGGCAAAUUAUUGUUCUACUUUCUCAUCGUGGCAUUGAUGAUCGUACAUUUCUUUUAUUGCAAAAUCAACAUCAACAAACGCUAUCCGAAGCGUUAGUGUAUCCCACACGUGCAUACGAGCUAUUAGCAGAGAAAUUAAAUCGAAAUUUAUUUCCUAUGCGCACAUUGAUUAACGAUGCACAUGUGAACAUAAUUCAAGAACCUUUCUUUCGUCAGUUAAUUAAAACAACAAGUAAAUUCGAAUUAGCACAAAUGCGUGAACGUACACGCUUGAAAUUACCAAGAAAUACCGCCAGAAAUAUGAUUGGAAUCGUCGAUGAAUAUGGCAUUUUAGAAUAUGGGCAAGUUUUUGUCCAGUACACGGAAUUGCAUGGCGAUUUCUUAGACGAUGAAAACGGUAGCAGCAAUGAUCCAUCGUUAACACCACAACCAGAAAAAACCAUUAUUCUCGAACAGCCAGUUGUUGUAACUAAAAAUCCAUGUCAUCAUCCAGGCGAUAUUCGAGUUUUUUCAGCUGUCGAUGUACCACGUUUACGACAUCUGAAAGAUGUUAUUGUUUUUCCUCAACGAGGUAAACGGCCACAUCCAAACGAAAUCUCGGGUUCAGAUCUUGAUGGUGAUGAAUAUGCCGUCAUUUGGCACUCGGCAUUUAUUCCUAAAACGCCUAAUGAUAUUCCGUAUGAUUACGAUUCUCAAACGCCCAUGUUACGUGUCGUCGAUCGACCUGUUAAUCGAGCAGAUAUUCAAGCUACAGUUUUAGAUAUCAGUGAACAAUCAUGUGUAGGAAAACUGUGCUCACUGCAUUUAGCUAAUAUGGAUGUUUACGGCGUAGCACACCCGAAAACACUAGCUAUUGCUGGACACAUUUCCGAAGAGCUAGACGCACCAAAAACGGGACAACAUCCAUUAACACCAAAACAAAUCGCUCUUUUACAAGCAGAACUGGGAAAUGAACGACCCGAUUAUUUCGACAAACCUUAUUAUAAACUUUAUCCAUCCAAACAUGUGCUCGGUCAAUUAUUUCGUUCAUCUCUUCGCUUUGAGCCUAAUUGGACAACGAUUCAAAUUCCACCAACAACUAUAUGUCCAGCGCCAAUCGAUUCAUUGCUAAUUCAUGAUAUGCACGGUGAUUAUGCAUCAUCCGUUGAUGAAUUAGCUCGAACCUAUCGUGAAGCAAUUAUGGAUAUUAUGUAUGUGUAUCGCUUUUCAUCGGAUGUGGAUUUACUUUGUCGAUUUGAUUCAUCUUCAACGCAACACAAAACACCGCUAAGCAAACAACAAACCGAGUCGGCUUGUCUAAUUGCCGAUUCUGCUCAAGUAGAAUUGAAACAACUGAUCCGACGUAUACGUCGUUUAUUCUAUCAUGAAUUUCGUUUCUGCGACAAGACACAUUCCAAUCGUUGCCAUACAAACUGUACUCAAUGUGCGGAGAAGAAAAUGGCGAAAGCCAGCGCACUGUAUCUUUUGUGUUAUACAGACACGCGUCAUGCUCGACGUAUGCUAAGUUUACCGUGGUUAUUUGCUUCCCUACUGAUUGAAACAAGAAAACUGAAUAUUAAAAAGCAAACGAAAUUAUUAUCACCUGCACUUGUUGCGCAAAUGCUGGAAAUACAACCAUAUCGUUUAAUUGGCCAAUCAUUACAUAGCGCAUUGUGUACGCUCUUUGAUAAAUCAAAAACUUUUUAUUUCCGUCAUACAUACUCAUCGGACAAACCAAAUGUCGUCACCGUUUCACUCGGACCAACAUCAACAGCCAAACGUCUAUUAUUGAAACGUGAAAUCUUUUUAUUGGAUUAUUUUAUUCUGGAAAUUCUUCAUCAUUAUGUCCAUGAAUCAUUAUCAAAAGAACGUUCACCAAUAACAGCAUCAAGACCCUUACUAUUAGAACCGAUUUGGCAACACAUACUAACACGAUUUAUUCUCGGUGAGUGUUCACCAUUAGUUUUGAUCACAACACAUUCAGAUAUGAAUUCAACAAUCAAAACUUGCGAAAACUGGUCCGAUGAACAAGCCUGCAAAACACUGCAACGUCUAUUAGAAAUCACUGUUCAAUGUGCUGAUCAUGGCAACGAUCCAACAGAUUAUGCACAUGCAAAUGAAUAUCUUAUUUCUGCACUUCAACAAAUGGCUACAACUGGUUCGUUAUUUGCAAAUGCUUAA